AUGCCGAACUGUCCGCCCUGGUGGCUGCUGCUGUUGCCCUCGCUGUGGGAGCCGCUCCUCCGGAGGGCGGAGGCAGGCUCUGAAGGGCAGACGGCGGGAGAGCUGUACCAGCGUUGGGAACGGUACCGCAGGGAGUGCCAGGAGACACUGGAGGCCGAGGAGCCCCCAGCAGGCCUCGCCUGUAACGGGUCCUUCGACAUGUACGUCUGCUGGGACUACACUGCACCCAAUGCCACGGCCCGCGCGUCCUGCCCCUGGUACCUGCCCUGGCACCCCCACGUGGCUGCAGGCUUUGUGCUUCGCCAUUGUGGCAGUGAUGGCCAAUGGGGACCUUGGAGAGACCAUUCUCAGUGUGAGAACCCAGAGAAGAAUGGGGUUUUUCAGGACCAAAGGCUGAGCCUGGAACGGCUGCAGAUUGUGUACACCGUGGGCUAUUCCCUGUCCCUUGCCACGCUGCUCCUCGCCUUGCUCAUCUUGAGUUUCUUCAGGCGGCUGCGCUGUACUCGCAAUUACAUCCACAUCAACUUGUUCACGUCUUUCAUGCUGCGGGCAGCAGCCAUCCUCACCCGAGACCGUCUGCUUCCUCCACCUGGCCCCUACCCUGGGGAUCAGGCUCCUCUCCUGUGGAACCAGGCCCUAGCUGCCUGUCGCACGGCCCAGAUCCUGACCCAGUACUGCGUGGGUGCCAGCUACAUGUGGCUGCUGGUGGAGGGCAUCUACUUGCACAGCCUCCUGGUGCUUGUGGGAGGCUCCGAGGAGGGCCACUUCCGCUGCUACAUGCUCCUUGGCUGGGGGGCCCCCGCGCUUUUCGUCAUUCCUUGGGUGAUCGUCAGGUACCUGUACGAGAACACGCAGUGCUGGGAGCGGAACGAUAUCAAGGCCAUUUGGUGGAUCAUAAGAACCCCUAUCCUCCUAACCAUCUUGAUUAACUUUCUCAUCUUUAUCCGCAUCCUUGGCAUCCUCGUCUCAAAGCUGAGGACGCGACAGAUGCGCUGCCCGGACUACCGACUGAGGCUGGCUCGCUCCACGCUGACGCUGGUGCCCCUGCUGGGCGUCCACGAGGUGGUGUUUGCUCCCGUGACCGAGGAACAGGCCCGGGGUGCCCUGCGCUUGGCCAAGCUCGGCUUUGAGAUCUUCCUCAGUUCUUUUCAGGGCUUCCUGGUCAGCGUCCUCUACUGCUUCAUCAACAAGGAGGUGCAGUCGGAGAUCCGCCGGGGCUGGCACCGAUGCCGCCUGCGCCGCAGCCUCGGCGAGGAGCCGCACCAGCCCCCGGAGCGCGCCUUCCGGACCCUGCCCUCCGGCUUAGGCUCCAGCCAGGUCGCCGCCGGCCGCGCUGUGUGCUCAAGGACCCUCCCAGGUCCUGGGGGUGGGACCAGCCACGUCUUGGAAAGCUACUGCUAG